GCUCAGCUUCAAGGGUCCGCGGGUCGGCCCCGUCCCCCGCGUCUCCGCCAUGGCUCUCGCCUUUGCGGCGACCCCAGCACUUCGAGCUCCCACCGCGGUGUCUCACAGAGCCGGCGAAGCCCGCCGGGCAAGAGGCCAAGACCUGGCCAUGAAGGCCAUGACGGGCGGCCUGGCGUUGGCGGCGCUGCGCCGCUUCCGGCCGAGCCGCGGCUAUCGGCUGGCGGGGGCGAACCCCAAUGCCCAGCGGCCGCUGGGGCUGCAUAGGGCGGCCGCGGUGUUGGCGAAGCCCAAGGAGCUACUGGGCGUUGAGGCGGACGAGAAGUACAACGUGCCCGUCGGGGUGGCCGAGAAGCUUGGGAAGAACCUGCUGCUGAACGAGAGCCACCCCCUGGGCAUCUUGUGGACGACGGUGCAGGAGCACUUUGCCGAGCAGGAUCCGGACUGUAAGUUCUUCGACCAGGAGAAGCCGGUGGUGAACACUGUGGACUGCUUCGACAAGCUCCGCGUGCCGCCGGACCACGUGUCGCGGUCCCCGUCGGACACGUACUAUGUCAACGCGGACUACGUCUUGAGGACGCACACAUCGGCACAUCAGUGUCAGUUCCUGAGCCAGUACCCGAAGAUCACGUCCUUCCUCUGUGCCGGCGAUGUGUACCGCAGGGACGAGAUCGAUGCCUCCCACUACCCGGCCUUCCACCAGUGUGAGGGCGUGCGCUUGUUCGAUGCCACGAAGGUGUCGAGAGACGAGGUCAUGGAAGACCUGAAGAAGACGUUGGAGGGCUUGGCUGCUCACCUCUUCCAGCUGAAGACCGGAGAGGACACCAUGCGGUGGCUGGACGAGUACUUCCCCUUCACCGAGCCCUCCCUGGAGCUGGAGAUCUUCUACAACGACGACUGGAUGGAGGUCCUUGGCUGCGGCGCCCGGGGUUCCCAGACCUCCGCAACCGGAAGUCCGGACUUGCCCCCGAUUUUUUUCAUUUUUUUUUCAACUUUCCAAGAUUUGUGA